UGAGGCAGGGGGUGUGGUGUUAGGGCUGAGCACUCCCAUGUGCAAGUCUGAGGAAGAGGAGAGAGUGGGACAGGGGUACUGAACACUGAACAUCGAAGGGAAACGGAAGUCUUCAUCACCUGCUGCAAACAGCUGCUGCGUUGUCCCCUAAGACACACAGACAGAACCCAGAGAACAGUCCCAUACAGUAUAUUGGACAUGGAGGAGGGACCUGAUGAGGGAGCAGCGGUGGCUGUGUCUGCCAACGAGACCUCCGAGACGACCCCCAGUGACACUCCGUCAGGCACACUGACCAGUCAGCAGCUAGCUGCGAUUGAGGAUGAAGAAGUCCUGAAUAAACUGUUGGAUAAAGCAGUGGAUUUUGAUGAAAGGCGAAUGAUCCGCGCUGCAUUGAGGGACCUGCUCAAGAAGAAGAGAGAGAAGCGUGAGAAAGAGCGGGGGUCAAGGCAAGAUGACCUGAGACAGCAGGCUUUGAGUAAAGCAGGCACAGGACGAAUGGGAAUGAACAGAGGAGGCCAGACCAGCAACCACCAGCAUAAAUCCCACAUGCACAGCCAAUUUUCUGCAUCAACCACCAGCUCCUUGUCUAAGACAACUGACAGCAUGGCCAACCCAGCUAUCGCAACAGCCCAUCAGUCUUCCCCUGUCGCUGCAGCACCCAACAUGAAAAAUGUCAAGCAGAUGUUACUGGAUUGGUGCAGGGCCAAAACCGAACCAUAUGAGGGGGUGGAAAUCCACAACUUCUCCUCCAGUUGGAGUGAUGGCAUAGCGUUCUGUGCCCUGGUGCACAGGUUCUUCCCAGAUGCAUUUGAGUACUCCAUCCUCAACCCCAACGCACGCAAGGACAACUUUGAGCUGGCCUUCAGCACUGCAGAGAGGCUGGCAGAUUGCCCCCCUCUGCUGGAUGUUGAAGACUUGCUGCGGAUGCAUGAGCCUGACUGGAAGUGUGUGUACACAUACAUCCAGGAGUUAUACCGAUGCCUGGUGGAGAAGGGCCUAGUUAAAACUAAAAAGAAACUCUAAAUACACUGUUUCACAAAAAUAAAUACAUGUUGUGUCCACGUGCCAUGGGGAGGGGAUAUAAGACUAUGCAGUUUGCCGCAGCAGCUUGUAAGCACAUAGCUGGGAUUUUGAUUAACUGUGUGUGCCUGUGGAUAUCUUUGUAUUGGUUUGUGUGUGCUUACACUUAUCUGUGUAUGUUUUUAGAGGACUGCUGGCACUUAGGAUCAAUACAUUCCACUGAGAUUACACAUCUACAUUAAUCUUAGUCAGAGCCAUAGUGAAUCUGUGAAUGGCUUUUUGUGGUGCUGCGGUGCUGUGCCCUGACUGCAAUACCUUUUUGUGUGUAGGCUAUGUAUGGGUUACAGAUACUGUACAUGAGGUCAAAUAUAAUGUGAAUGAUGUGAUUUGAUUUGUGAACAUUUAUUUUGUUCUGAUCACAUUUUAGAGUAAGCCUACUACAUUUCUAUUAUGGGGAACCCAUACCAUUUUCAGCCUGACAGAGGAUUGUUCCCCAAUCAUUACUGUACUUGGUAACUGUCAAAAAAUUGCAAAUAUCGCUGAAGUCUAUUCCAUCAAAGUUUACUACACACAAAACUGCAUCUUGGUCCAGGGCAAAUUAAAGGCGGUGGCUCACAGUAAGACUGAUUAAUUAUAGGCUACUUGGGACCACCAUGUGCUCAGUGACAGACUAGAAUCAUACUAUAUAAACACAGAGUUGCAA